AGUGCUAUAGAAAUAUAAUCUAAGUAGGUGAAACUUGAACGAAGGUUGUUGAUGAUUGACUUGAUCAAGAAAGAUAAAAUGUCCAAUUUGAUUUACCAACUAUUACUGAUAGCAUGUAUUGUCAACCAUGUCCGUUGCGUGAAUUGUAACACCAAGAAUAUCGUCGAUGAUUAUAACGGCACUAUAGAGUCUCCUAACUAUCCAGAUGAACGUGAAAAAACGGCAGAUUGUACGUGGGAAAUUCAUUACGUCAAAAAACAUUUCCCCAAGAAGCGAUCCUUGGUUUUAGAUUUCGUCGGGCUGCGACUCUACUUUGCAAAAUUUGAUUACACUGCAAAAGAUAAUGCGACAAGAUAUUGCCCUUAUGCACACAACUUGACUAUCAAUGGAGAAGCCAUAAACUGCACGAGAUUAGUUUCCAACAACACAAAGACUUUUUGUAAAGCAUAUUAUGAAGAUCAGGUAUGCGCCAACCAAAAAGAAAUUAAUCAUUGCGAAACAAAAGAGCAAGUAACAUAUCCAGUGUCAGUUCACUACAAAGCAAAAAACCUAUCUCUGGAAAACAUUGGACCGGUUUUCGGGUUCAAAAUAAACUUCCACUACGUCGAAUGUAAAGCAGAGACUACAAUUGUGCCCGAGAUCACUGACAGCCAAACAACUUCUUCAUUGAGCGUUGAGACAACAAGCAAUAAACGUCCUCAAGCUACUUAUGUACCAAGUUCAGGCGGAAUUCUUUCUACUAUAAAAAACGGUCCCGAUAUAACAAUGACUUCGUAUUUCACCGGUGUGACCGAUGCCAAUUCAUCAAUGUUGGUCAACGUUGUUGUGCCAAUAAGUGUUGUCCUCUUACUGGUCGCACUGGCAAUUCUAAUUGUUGUUGUAAAAAGAAGAAAAAGGCAACAGAGCGGAAAUCCAUCCAAGAGCGACCAAUCAAAAGUUCAAGCUUCGUCUUUCAAUCAAUCAGGAGGGGGCAUUUACUCAGCAGCAGAAGAUAUCAAUCAAUCAAGUCCACAACGAAUGAGCGGGGCCGGUUCAAGCAACCAAUCAGAGCAAGGACAAAGCAAUCACGUGUCCAUAAUUAACCAAUCAGAUGUCGCAUAUUCCACAGUGGAAAAGAUUCAAGGAACAAAGCAAACAGUGGAAUAUCACAAAACAAUGGUGGAUAAUGUACUAUAUGGGGAAACAGGGGGAGGAAACGGCAAUGCCCAAAAAAAUUCACCAGAUGCUCCACCUAGUGACGAGGCCGAAACAGUCGUGAAUGUACUAUAUGGGGAAACAGGGGGAGGAAACGGCGAUGCCCAAAAAAAUACACCAUGUGCCCCAUCUAGUAACAAAGCCGAAACAGUCGUAAAUGUUCUAUACGGGGAAACGACGUAGAGAGUUUUAU